AUGUGCAUCGCCGUCGUCAAACACUGCCCCUGCGUCAAAUGCAUGGACAAGCCCUCUCCCGAGACGACUGAGCGUCUCGAUUACUGCGCCGACAAACAGGAGAUGCUCCGCGGCACUUGGGACGGCAACACCUCUAUGCCCAUGUUCACCCGUCAGAAGCUCAUGAUGCCGUGCCAUGAGCUCACGUACAUGCGUGCCUUGGACGCGAACAUGUGCCUGUUCAAGAAGGACAACGCUUCGCCUGCGGACACGAUCGCGGCCCCUGCGGCCGAGACCGCCGUCGCUGAUGAACGUCCUUUGAUCAAGUUCACACCGAUUAACAUUCCCACCAAGGGCCGCAGCAAGCUGGCCAACUCUUUGUCCAACGACACUUCGGGGCACAUCCACAAACGUGCCCGCCUCGACGGCCCCUCUACCACCACCAAGACCGGCACUGCAACCGGCACCGCCCUAACCACCGCUGCUGCCCUCACCCACCUAGCUGAGAACUUUGCCCGCGAAAACAACACCACCAACAACAACAGCAGCCCCAACCCCACCAGCAGUACCAUCGUCCACCCAGCCAGCAGCACCAUCACCGCCACCAGCUCCCCGGCCUGCAACAACAACAGCAGCUCCCCCCUGGCCCCCACUCCGUCGAGCACCACCCACGGCACCGGCACCGGCACCGGCACCCCUGGCCACACCGGCACCACUGGCCGCACCGGCAGCACCGGCAUCACCAACAGCAAAGGCCGUACCCCGCUGCCGAACUCACGCCCGAUGACCCCGCGCGUGAUUCAGGCCACGGCGGCUGCGGCGGCGGCUGAUUUGGCUGCGAGGGUUGCGAGGGGGGUGUGGACGCAUGAGGAGUCGGUUAAGGUUUUGUUGUUGAGGUGCAGGGAGAUUGAGUAUAAUUCGGCGAGGGCUAGGGAGGUUCUGCCUGGCCGAGACGCGGCUGCUUGUGAGGACCAGCUGCUUGAUUUGGCGCUGAAGUAUGGCUAUGAGGACCAUAUUUGA